AAACCAAGGGUUUUAUAUGAUUGAAGAACUUGAUAUUCCUUUUGAAGAAGAAAUUUUACGCAAUCCUUAUACAUUAAAAUCAUGGCUUCGAUACAUCGACCAUAAAUCUGAACAACAAUUGUCACAACAAAUUUUUGUUUAUGAGCGUGCUCUCAAAGAGUUACCUGGUUCUUACAAAUUAUGGAAACAAUACUUAGAUCUUCGAAGAGAACACGUUCAAGAGUUAAAUCCUGUUAGAUUUGAAAAAGAAUAUUUGAAAGUUAACAAUUGUUUUGAAAGAGCAUUGGUCUUGUUACAUAAAAUGCCUCGAAUUUGGUUAGAUUAUUGUAGCUUUAUGAUGAAUCAAUGUAGAGUUACAAAAACACGUAGAAUCUUUGAUCGAGCAUUAAAAGCAUUACCAAUUACACAACAUCCAAGAAUUUGGGAGCUAUAUUUAAAAUUUGCCAGGUCGGUGGGAGGUGAAACAGCAAUUCGAUUAUAUCGAAGGUAUCUUAAGUUGGAACCAGACCGUGUUGAAGAAUAUAUCGAGUUGUUAUUAUCACUCAAUCGAUACGAUGAGGCUGCUAAACGACUUGCUCAGACUGUCAAUAACGAUCGGUUCCAAUCAAUGUUCGGCAAAUCCAACUAUCAACUGUGGAUGGAACUUUGCGAUUUGAUCUGUGAACAUCCACAUGAAAUUAAAAGUUUAAAAGUUGAACCUAUUAUAAGAAGUGGAAUCCGUAGAUUUACCGAUCAAGUCGGAAGAUUAUGGAAUUCCUUAGCAAAUUAUUGGAUCAAAUUGGGACAUUUUGAAAAGGCAAGAGAUGUAUUUGAAGAGGGUAUUAGCACUGUAAUGACUGUCAGAGAUUUUACACAGAUAUUUGAUACUUAUGCGAAGGCUGAAGAGACCGUCAUUGAAAGAAAAAUGGAAGAAGCAGCGGAGAGGGCGGAAGAAGGAAUAGAUGAUCCAAAAGCAGAUUCAGAAUUAGAUCUAAGGUUGAUGCGAUUUGAACAAUUAAUGGAUCGUAGACCUUUUUUGGUGAAUGACGUUUUGUUGAGACAGAACCCAAAUAAUGUCCAUGAAUGGGAAAAAAGGGUGGCAUUAUGGAAGGACAACCACACUAAGGUUGUUGAAACAUAUACGAAAGCAAUGAGAACUAUUGACCCGAAAAAAGCAACUGGCAAAUUUCAUGUGUUAUGGACGAACUUUGCCAAAUUCUAUGAACAGGGUGGUGACAUUGAGAAUGCCCGAACAAUCUUUGAAAAAGCUACACAUGUUGACUUUAAAAACGUUAAUGACUUGGCUGCGUUAUGGUGUGAAUAUGCAGAGAUGGAGCUACGACUUGAGAAUUACAACAGAGCCUUAGAUGUUAUGGGUCGUGCUACAGUUCCUCCUCGCAAUCCAAAUGUGGAUUUCCGUGAUGAGAGUUUACCGGUUCAACUACGCGUUUUUAAAUCAAUAAAGUUGUGGUCAUUUUACGUUGAUCUUGAAGAAAGUAUUGGCACGAUAGAAUCUACUAGAGCAGUAUAUGAUCGAAUAUUAGAAUUGAAGAUCGCUAAUCCUCAAAUAAUCAUUAAUUAUGCGAAUUUUCUAGAAGAGAAUAAAUAUUAUGAAGAAAGUUUUAAGGUAUAUGAACGAGGCGUAGAACUUUUCAAUUAUCCAAUUUCAUUCGAGAUUUGGAAUGUAUAUUUGACAAAGUUUAUUAAUAGAUAUGGAGGUCUCAAGUUAGAACGUGCUAGAGAUCUGUUUGAACAAGCUCUUGAAAAGUGUCCUCCUAAAUAUGCUAAGCCCUUAUAUCUUAUGUAUGGUAAAUUAGAAGAGGACUAUGGUUUAGCACGACACGCGAUGCGUAUUUAUGAUCGCGCAACCAGAUCAGUAUCUGAUGAAGAUCGAUUCGAGAUGUUUAAUUUUUAUAUCGCCAAAGCGAGUGCUAACUUUGGUGUAACUUAUACCCGUGAAAUUUAUGAACGGGCAAUCGAAGUUUUACCUGAUAAAGAAGCUAAAGAUAUGUCUUUGAAAUAUGCUGAAUUGGAACGUAAACUAGGGGAAAUUGAUAGAGCAAGAGCGUUAUAUGCUCACGCAUCUCAAUUUUGUGAUCCAAGGACGGUACCAUCUUUCUGGCAAACGUGGCAUGACUUUGAAGUCAAGCACGGUAACGAAGAUACAUUUAAAGAAAUGCUUCGAAUCAAGCGAAGUGUACAAGCUCAAUAUAAUACAGAGGUUAAUUUUAUAUCCGCCCAAAUACUUGCUACUAGACAAGCUCAACAGAGUGGUCAAGAGAGUGGUCAAGUGCAAGGAGUACCUUCAAAUGGAUCAUCAGUUUCUGAAAUUUCAGUACCGGGGACUUCUAAUGCAAUGCAAAUUGCAGAACAAGAAGCCAUGCAAACUAAAGCAAACUUAACUUCUGUUUCUAAAUCAAUGACAUUUGUCCCUUCUUCUACGCAAGUAAAUAAGGAAAAUGUAUCCUCUAAUCCAUCGAAUCCCGACGAAAUAACUAUGGACAUGGAUGAUGAUCUGUAAAAAUUAUUAAUUUUUAAUCACAUCUUAUUAUUACAUGAAUAAAUGAAGUGAUUUAUUAUCUUGUAAUGCUCUGCAAAAUCAGCUAUUUAACUUUAAAAAAGUAUAAAUUGCGUCAUGUCAUCAUAAAAAUGAACGAAAUAAUAUUAAUUUUUGG